UAUUGUUACUUUGAUUUGUGCAUUUAAUUUUAUCAGUAAAAAAAAAAAUCUGAUUGGUUUUGUCUUGUUUCCUGUCACAUUUUCACAAAGACCGGUGAGUACAACAAAGAACUCUCUGACAAUACUUCCAUGAAUGUAGUGUGAAGUUGCAAUUUCUGCGUGUGAAUGCUAAGAGAUGCCGUAACCAAUGGCCCCCACUGGGGUGGCAUGGCUAUGCAAGCUAGGUUUCUUUAUUUUCUAACACCUGGUUACACUGACGUCCUUAUAUGGGUAUGCCCGGGGACUCGCUCGAUAGGCCUAAACCCGCUCUGCUUCGCUUUGGUCGAAAGAUUUGACCGUUAGCACAGAGCAUGGAGCAGGACAUGUGAGGGAACGCUACCUUGCCUAAAGAGGCAAGCAUCAGGCAGAAGUGGUUGGAGUUCCUGAUUCGCUGUCAAUGGCAUUUCACAACACCAUAAUAGGUCCCCUUUAAAGUGAUAAUUCAACAAUUUGUAUUCAUUUAUCAUUUUUUGGAACUGGAAACGACAGAAGAAAGUGGGCAAAAUACACACGAUUUGAACUCAAAACAAUCCCCGGCGAAUGUACAAUGUCCCUUGGUGACUGGGGGCAGUGUAGUGAUGACAAUUAUCUGAUUGGAUGUAGUAAGCCAUUAGGCACUCGCAACUUCCUGUGGCCCCAUGGCGGCUUCUUUAGCAUUUGCACUCAAUGAAAAAAUGCACGCUUCAUGAGUUAGCAAGGCUUUGUUAGGGCUCGCUUUAGUUAGAAUGCAAAUGCAAUAUUGUGCAAUAACCGGGGCAAAACCUUGACAAAAGUGUUCGUGGGUAUCCGAAUCGAUACUAAAACUGGCGGUUUGUUAUGUGCAAUAUUGUCAGGUUGGCACCAUCCGUGAGUUAGACAAGUUCUCGUUUCCAUGCCUCCGUUCCGGUUUGUAGACUCUAUCCAAAAAUAAUAAUAAUAAUAAUAAUAAUAAUAAUAAUGCUUGUCUGUCGGCAAUGACGCAUCAAUUGUUUUCUGUUUCACAGAGAAAAGCCAAUUAUUCCGCUUCACGGCGACUGCACUUGAAGUCCAUGUUGCUGAGAAAGGCAGCUUCAAUGCUUACGGAUGAGGGCGAAGCAAAAAAAGUGGAGAAAGAAAGAGUCAUCCGUGAAUGUUUCCCUUCACCGGAGAUCUCAGACCUGUCAGUUCAAGACCUCAAGGAACUGUGCCGAGAGAUACAUGGGAAGAUCGAUGUGGCUGAUGAAGCUCGAUACGAUAUGGAAAUGAAGGUGGCCAAGAGUGAAAAUGAGAUCGUAUCGCUGCGACAGAAGAUCGUGGAGCUGAAGGGGAUCAAGCGCCCCGGCUUAAAAAGGGUGAAGAAAAGUACAGAUGACAUGCUGGGUGCUUACUCCGACACGUCCAAACUGAUGAAAGCCGAUUUCAAAGCCAACCUGAAGACCGUCAAGAAGGAGGAAGAAAAACGGGAAGAAGUGACUGACUGGCGCAAGAACGUGGAGGCCAUGUCCGGAAUGGAGGGCAGGAAGAAGCUGUUUGACGCCGGCCAAUAAGAAAAGAGUUAGCGAGUUCCACGGGUUGAGACUUCAAAUACAGUUACAAACACAAUUCCAACCUGAUUGGAAUCAAACUGUACAAAUAGAAAGAAAAGAAGGAUCAGA